UCCCCACAGAAUGGGUCUGCUCCUGCCCCUGGUGCUCUGCGCCCUGGCUGUGGGCUCUGGGGCUACAUCUCCACCCCAGCAAGUCCUCAAAACAUCACCUUUACUCUCCCGUGGCUGCAAUGACUCAGAUGUGCUGUCAUUUGCUAAUUUUGCCCUGGGGGACAUCAACAGGGACCGCAAGGAUGGCUACGUGCUGAGCCUCAACCGAGUGAGCGAUGUCCGUGAACACAGACAGGACGGACCGGCAGCUCUGUACUAUCUCACCCUGGACGUAUUAGAGACUGACUGCCACGUGCUCAGCAGGAAGCCUUGGAAGGACUGUGGGGGGAGGUCACUGCAUGAAUCGGUUUAUGGUCAAUGCAAAGCAUUAUUUUAUAUGCACAAGACAGCUAGAAUUCUCCAUACACUUUCUUAUAACUGUACUCUUCGCCCAGUUUCUCGAAGAAGCAUUCACCUAAUCUGCCCCGACUGCCCCAGCCCCAGUGAUUUAUCAGAUCCCAAGGUCUUGGAAGCUGCCACUGAGUCUCUUGCAAAAUACAACAGUGAGAGCACCUCAAAGCAGUAUUCUCUGGUCAAAGUCACCAAGGCUUCCACCCAGUGGGUGUUUGGACCGUCAUACUUUGUGGAAUAUUUAAUCAAAGAGGCACCUUCUACCAAAUCCCAGGCCAGCAGCUGCACGCAUCAGUCUCCUGACUCAGAGCCUGUUGGUCUGUGCAAAGGUUCACUGAGCCAAAAUAGAAUAGAAACUUUUGUCUCCGUGACUUGUAACUUCUUUGAAUCACAGGCUCCUGCUCUUGGUGGUGAAAACUCUGCUGUUAACCAAGGCCCUGCACACCUGCCCAAAGUGGAAGAGUCCCAGCAGAAAAAAGCAGCUCCUACUGAUGCACCAGCCACAGUGGUGCCAAAAGGAUCUGUCCAAUACCUCCCGGACCUAGAUGAUGGGAAGCCUGAAGGGUCCCAGGAGGCCUUCCCUGUGCAUCUGGAUCUAACCAGGAAUCCCCAGGGAGAUACCCUGGAUAUCUCCUUCCUUUUCAUGGGGCCUGAGAGGGAGACAGUGCUUGUGCUACCUUUCCCCUCCAAAGAACAACGCUCUGCUGAGUGCCCAGGACCAGCCCAGGAGGACAACCCUCUUGUUCUUCCUCCAUGAGAACCACAUCGAGGACCCCGUGGUCAUCUGGUGGCCAAAGGAGAUGAGAAGUGGUGGGAAAAGGGGAAGGAGGCAGUUCAAAUGUAGAAAGUUGCUAAUAAAUACCUCUUUGAUUCCUC